CAGUAACUAGGACGCUAUCGUAAAUAGAGUCGUGAUCUAAAAAGCUGAAAAACUUAGUGCUUCGUGUGAUAAAAACUUUCCAAAGACCAAAAGAUUGUAGGUAGAACAGGCUUCAACCAUAUACAUUUCCAUUUUUAUGUACAAAAAACUUUGUUUUUGUUUUGCUUUACUGAACAGGAAGUUUACAAUUGGAAAGGUGUUCAAAUUUUACUCUCGUGUGUUGAUUGUGUGAUCUACAGAUUUCGUAACAAGCAAUAAACAAUGUCGACAAUCAAAAUCAAACGCAAAUUGAAGUCCCCAAUCGAAUGUUCGGUUUGUGAUAAAACGUUCAUGGCUACGGGUGGACUAGCCUAUCACGAAGCAACCUAUCAUAAAAUACUCGUCGGACGUUGGGCUCGAAAAAAUUACAACCUCUGGCGCAGCCGUUGCGACAAGUGCGGAUUGCACUUUCGUUACGGAACACUCAUUCCAUUUCACAACUGUAACGAUGUCUUAAAGCCUAAAGCGAAUGAACAGAGUACUGGAACAAUUAUCGAAAGGCAAAACUUCCAGUGUUCGAUUUGUGAAAAGAAUUUCGAUGAUAAACCCAAACUCAACCUACAUAUUAGGGAUUUGCAUAAUGGAGAAAAAAGCUAUGAUUGUGACAAAUGCGACAAAAGUUUCAAAACAAAACGCAAGUUAGAAGACCAUUACGCUCGUUCCCAUAUCGGCAUGCCAAGGUAUCAAUGCAUAACUUGUGGAAAAAAGUAUUUUCAAUUCGGAGCAUACCGUUAUCAUAUUAAAAUUUCGCACCUCGAGGAAUACCACGGAGGCAUUCGAGCACUUCCCACCAAUGAGCUCUACUCUAUGGAUGGCUGUGUUGUUAUUAAUGGUCCUAAUGUACUACGCUGUGAGAUCUGCAACAAGUCAUGUGCCAGCAAGAAAAUGUUUGAUCGACAUAUGAAGGUUGCUCACAAAAAGAGAAAAUGGAUGAUUGCUUGCAAUAAAUGUGAUAAGAUGUACGAUAGAAAAGCUUCAUUGGAAGACCACUAUGCCAGUGACCACCUAGAUGUUAUCAGGUAUGCUUGUGAAUUCUGUGGAGAAAGUUUUACAUGGAGGAAUGCAUAUUUUGAGCAUCUUAAGAAACAGCAUGCAAAGGAGUACAGAGAUUUGGUACGACGGAAUAAAACUCACCUUAUAUCUUACAACAAAUUAAACUUAGGGAAUGAGCUUGACGAAAUACUGACCAACGACAGUCUUCGUCAAAGGAGCUGCGUAAUGUGUAUUAGAAUAUUUAUCUGCAGAAACGAACUUUAUAAACACAUAAACAGCCAACAUUUGUCAAAAACCUUUGAUUGUAAUCGAUGUGAUAAAACGUUCUACGUUAAAUCGCAACAGGAGCUUCACUUUGCGGAAAUUCACGCUGAUAAACCUUGGUUUAGGUGUGAAAUUUGUGUAAAAAACUUCGACUCAAAGGAGCAGUACUGUUUCCAUCACCAGGAAAACCAUCCGGAAGAAUACGCUAAAUUGAUACAACAGAAGAGUUGUGAUCAACUGUACGAAGUAGACGGCUGUUUGAUUGUUGAACGGGUUCCGUUGGAAGAUCAGCUAUUGAAAACUAGAGACUCGUAUGAAGAACGAAACUGUGUUGCUAUAAAACUAGAACCCCCAGCAGAGGAACCAAUGGACAGCGAUGAUGAAGUUCGUAGUUCAUCGAUAAAAGCAGAGAUCGAUCUGACUGAAGUAGCCGUCGAGAAUGAGCAGGAGUUGCUGUACACCUGUAAUUACUGUGGGAAGAAGUUUGGACGCGAAAAAGAUAUACCAUCCGUUAGGCAACUUUCCUUAAUUCUUCAUAAAAUUAACCUUCACGGAAUUUUUGAAAGUGCGUUCUGUAGUAAGGUGAAAAACGACGACGACGGAUCGAAGGAAGAAUUCAAAUAUUACUGUGAUGUGUGCGGUUACUGGUUUCGAUUUAAAAGAGUCUACACGCAUCAUGAAUGCGGUAUGGCGAAAGAACAGAACACCAAUUCCAAGAACGCCAAUCACCAAUGCAAUUUGUGCAAAAAGAUAUUCAAAUACAAAACGAAUCUAGCCAAUCAUCUUAGGGAUGAGCAUCAACAGAUCCGCAAUAAAUGUGACACUUGUGAGAAUGUCUUCCUUACUCGAAGGCUGUUGGAAGAACAUAAGUUUGCCGUUCACUACAAAAAGCCGAUGUACCGAUGCACCUUAUGCGAAAAAACAUUUGCAACUAGCUCUGAUUGUUCUUAUCAUCGAAAGAGAUUUCAUGCUGCAGAACUGAAACGUGCGGAAAACCCGCUUCCUAAAUACGCGUUUAUUGAACAGUUGAAUAAAUGAGACUUUAGUGAUUGCUUGAGAA